UGUGAUUGUGCCGGCCAGGAGCUGGCAUUGUCCAAUCAGGAGUGUCUGUCGGUGUUUAACCGCUGCGGUAUCCACGCCGUCUGCGCCGCCCUCCUCCACCUGUUGGCCCAGCUGGGCCCGCCUCCAGCUCUCCAGCACCACGUCACUCAGGUAGUAGAGGGUCGUCAUAGCAACGCAGCACACCUGCUGCCUGACGAGCUCUUCUCUGACAAACACAGUCUCCCAGCUGGUGAGCUGAAGGUAGAUGAAGAGCUGCUGUUCGUCCAAUCAAAGCUCUGCGAGGCUCUGACAGGAAGUAGCUACAGCGCUCACACGGAGCGCUUCAACACGGCCUACACACCCCAGAUAACAGAUGAGGACCGUCUUUCUAAGAGGAAGAGUAUCGGUGAUGUCAUCUCCCUGCAGAUAGACAUGCAGCCUGAGUACUGUGCACAGCAGAGCCCUCAGGUGGAGCAGAUCACCUUUGAGACCCUGAAGAGCACCAUCGAAGACCGAGGCGGCGAGGAAGAGGAGUUGAGGAAGAGGAGGAUGAAGGUGGUGGAGAGGUUUCAGACUGCUCCCUUUGAGGAGAUCGCUGCUCGCUGUGGAUCCAGGUCGUCCCUCCUUCAGGCUCAGCUGGAGCGGGUCUUUGACCUGGUGGUUGGUCCUCCCCCGUCUCCGCCCGGUCCCUCGGCGCUCCGCUCCACUCCGCUCCACCAGAUGAAGUUCCCUGACCUUUGUGUCUAUUGAACGUGUGAAAACGUCUCACAGACAUUCAGCUCCUCCAGCUGCUCCCUGCUCCUGUUGUUUGCCCUGAGGGUGGAGGUGAAGGUGUCAAUGCCGCUAAAGUAUAUCAUUUAACAGACAUUUAUCAAAUCCAAUCGUUUCUCCUUUAGAAGGUUCGGACGGGUCGUUUGUCACAAACCGGUUUUAAAGCACCCGAGGCACCAGGGCAGGAUUCUCCGAUCUGAGCCGUCUUCAGCGGGCUCCUGUAGGCCAGAGGGGCUGAUCAGGUGGUGCACAGAUACCAGGGAUGGACAGGUGGACGUGCAGGACCCCAGGGACACCUGUCGUACCGUAGGAUCCGCUCCUACAAGCUAGUCCAGCCACAUUUGAUUAGUUUAGCUUGGUUUAACUUAAUUGGAGACCAAGUGACUCAAACAGAUUUGUCAGAACAUCAAACGCUGCUUCAGCAUUCAACCUUUGUUCUUCACAUCUUCAUCUUUAUGUGUCCAGCUUUGACUUUUGAGCUUUCUACAUCUUCUGCUUGAAUUAAUGAAUUCACUUUUUAACGUGGUUUUCCAGUGGAAUUCUUUCUGAAGCUUCUUCAACUUGCAAAUGCUUCUUCAUCCUCAAUCUGUAAACAGCUUUUUGAUAUCUAGUCAACUUUUUUCAAUAUUCAUGAGUUUUCCAGACGGUCCCGCAUCUCAUACUGUUCAUACUUUUGGGACUGGCCACGUUAACCUGACCUCCAUCACCGUGGCAACCGCACAGAGACGCACCUCACGCAGGUGAAAAGCCUCCUUAGAGGAACUAUCUGUGAUUCUUGCAUCAUUUAAUGACCUUUCAGUCUGUCUUCUCACUCCCCCUCCCCCUCACCCAAUCCUGUAAUUUCAAAAUAAAAUCCCCAUGGUGGAAUGAA